AUGAACAACUGUGUGUGUGUCCUCAGGGAGUUGUUCCCAGGGCUGGUGGCUCUAAUGGCUGUAAUGGUUUCAGUUGGUGCUGAAGGCGGCGUCGGCCCCAGCAACAACUCCAGUUUCUGCUCCGAGUCAAAGGAAUGUCUGGAGUAUGAGCUGGUGUGCAAAACAGAUGAAUAUGAGGUCCGUCACUACAGUCCUACUCGUUGGGUGUCUACGGAUGCAGAGGCCUACUUCAUGGGGGUGGGAGCAGCCAUGGCCUUCAGGAGACUGUUUCAGUACAUCACUGGAGCCAACAACGGAGGUCUCCAGAUGGAGAUGACUGCUCCAGUCCUGGUGAGGAUCCCUGAGGAGACCAGGAUGUGGGAACCAGCCAUCUACACCCUCAGUUUCCUGCUUCCAGCAGCCUAUCAGGAGAGGCCUCCCACACCCACCAAUGACAAGCUCUACUUUACUGAGAUGCCCUCUAUGGAUGUGUACGUGCGUAGCUACGGAGGCUGGAUGUUAUCAGUGACCUCCAGGCUUCAUGCUCACCUACUGACCAAGGAGCUGGCCAGAGUCCAGGCUGACUACAACCACACCUACCACUACGGAGUGGGCUACGACAGUCCUCUGAAGCUGAUGAACAGACACAAUGAGGUGUGGUACGUAGCUGAGGGAGAGGCUGUCUGCUCUGACCCCCAGGAACCAACCCCACCACACACACCUACCCCCACACACACACCCAACGCCACACCCAAUGCCACACACACACCCAACGCCACACACACACUCAACACCUCACACACACCCAAUGCCACACACAUCCCCUCCAGCACCAUCUCUGACUCCCCCUCAGAUCUCCCAGCCAACCGGCCACCCACCCCCUCCCAGGCCCCCGAGGUGACCCCCUCUCAGGGCCUGGUGGUCGGGGAGACCCCCUCGGCCAACAGCUCUGACCCCCAGGCGGACGGCCCCUGGAACAACACUGUGGAGGCCUCCCUGGAGGACACCCCCUCUGAUAACCCUGUAGCCGACCCCACUGACCUCAACCUGGCCUAG